CUCCAGAUUUGUCUCUUCGUCUGUAAGUUUCGGGAUUCCUAGCCAGGAUUUGUGACCAAGUCAUGCCCGACAGCACGAGCCAGGGGUGAGUGGCGGGAGCGGGAAGCCAAACGUGGAGCGAGAAGCCACGUGUCGAGCCUCUCCACGUGGCGUCUCCCGCAUUCGGAAGCCGGAUCAGAAAUUAGCGCUCAUGCACGCCCUUACCCCUUCUUCCUCCAACCAUCAUCCCAAUCAGUCAAUCAACCAGCACCAGCAUCCGUCGCGACCUGUCUUCGUUCGGACGCGAUUCCACCACAGCACAAAUUUCUCUUCUUCCAGCUACAUAUUUUCAUCGUCUCGCCAAAGAUUAUUUUGUUCUCUUGACUUGUCCUACUAUCUUUACUGUACCCUUAUCGACCAUUCCGACCGCAUACAUCCGUCCUUCUCACUUUCUCAGCACACAUCCGCGCCCGACAACCCCUCUCAUUACAGAAUCUAGCCUGACAUCAACAUGACCUUCGCGUUCGCCUCCAACUUCCCUCAAGCUGGGGCAAUUGCAAUUCCGUCCAACGAGCCUUCCGUGUGCCGCAAGCGCAAGGGCACCGACAUGGAAGUCGAGGACGUCUGCGAGGAGCCUCGUCCUAGGCCCUCGCGACGCAUGCUGGCCAAGCUGCCUAGGUCGAACGAGAUUGCUACUUUCCAUGCGCUGCCUCCUGAGCUCAACUUGAAGUACCUCGCUGCCAUGGGCUAUCAGCCUGGCCAGCAGAACGGGCUCUUCAACACUGAUUCUGCCACUAUGGCUAUGGAUGACGUCUCCUCCGGCGGUAAUAACUCGCCCAAUUCGUCCACCUCCGACUUCUUUCCCAGCACACCAACCGACGUUCAAGAGUCCGAAUCGUACUUCACCCAGCAAUACCGCCAGAACUUUGGCGAAACAAAGUCUUGCACAUCUUCGGCCAACAAUAGCCCAGGCGUGUACCCGAAUCUGGACCUCUACCCUCACGCGGUUCGUGCCCCCGGCCUGAUGGGCAUGGACAUGAAGCCUUCCGAGAAUGAUAUGGAGAUCGACGGUGGGAGCGCCGGUAGCUCUACUGUUCACGGACCUCAGUGCCGUUCGAUUCCUCAGCUUCAUGUCAGGUCAGAACCGGGCAUCUCUUCGGAAUUGUGGGCCAGGUGCCCCGACUGCAAUCAGAUGUCCAAGAUCGACGCACCGCCCUCGAACACCACGUCGCUCGCUUACUCGCCCUGAUCUCGAUGAUCAUCAGUACUUUUCAGCCCAUCGCUUUCCGACCGCUUUUGUUUCUACCUUUGUACAGUACCCGCUUCAUGUCCACCUCGAGCCCGUCCCGAUUUCUUAGUACCUCGAAAAAGUCCGGCUGCCCUUGUAUCUCUGCUACUCUACACCAUCAUCCACCUGCAUGUGGGCCACUGUCGCCCUACCCAUCAAGGGCUUUGCACUAGAUCAUGUACCUUUACCAUCACGCCCUACCACUCCAUGUAUCUGGUCUCCGAUAUCUUCAGAGUAG